GCUGCGCUGCUGCGGGACAGGAUUGUCCGGUUUGAGAUGACUAUAAGGCUGCUGCUGCAGUAUGAAAGAUAACAGAAACCCGAGAUCUGUGUCGGAAAAAUAGAGCGAGAGGAGCGGAGAGGGAGGUGCUGUGUGUCGGUGUCAGCGGCCAUUGCUAGAAGCCGCACAAAGAAAAAGCGAAUCGAGUAGUCUCCCAGCCUUUGAUCCGACAGCACAAAAGACGGAGCCCGGCGUGUGCGGCUCAGAGCGAUUUUAAAAGUGAAGACGGCGUGAACCGAACCAAAGCGCAAUGGCCGGCUACAUCCCUGGCCUGCUGCCUUCCAGUCACUCACAGGAAAAGGAGUUUGUACAGGCUUACGAAGACGUGCUUGAGCGGUAUAAGGAUGAACGUGACCGGGUCCAAAAAAAAACAUUCACUAAAUGGGUCAACAAACACCUAAUCAAGGUGAGAAAACAUAUUACUGAUCUCUAUGAAGAUCUAAGAGAUGGACAUAACCUAAUCUCUCUACUAGAAGUGUUGUCUGGUGUCACACUGCCUCGAGAAAAAGGCAGAAUGCGCUUCCACCGUUUGCAGAAUAUACAGAUUGCCCUGGACUUCCUCAGACAGAGACAGGUAAAGCUUGUAAAUAUACGAAAUGAUGACAUUACAGAUGGGAACCCCAAACUCACUCUUGGUCUUAUUUGGACGAUUAUUCUACACUUUCAGAUAUCUGAGAUAUAUGUGAGUGGAGAGUCUGGAGAUAUGACAGCCAAAGAGAAGCUUUUGCUUUGGACACAGAAGUUGACAGAAGGUUAUCCUGGUGUGAAGUGUAGCAAUUUUACAUCCAGCUGGAGUGAUGGCCACAUGUUCAAUGCUAUUUUGCACAGAUACAGGCCAGACCUAAUUGACAUGUCCCGUGUGAUUCAACAGAGCAAUCGUGAAAACUUAGAGCAAGCUUUUGCAAUUGCAGAGUCACUUGGAGUAACACGCCUACUUGACCCAGAAGAUGUUGAUGUUCCAUCUCCAGAUGAAAAGUCAGUUAUUACAUACGUGUCAUCAAUCUAUGAUGCUUUUCCUAAGGUUCCCGAGGGAGGACAAGGGAUUGGAGCCCACGAAGUAGAUCAAAAAUGGACAGAGUAUCAGAAUAGAAUUUCAAUCCUUUUCCAGUGGAUCAGACAGGAAACAUCUCGCAUGACAGACAAAAGCUUGCCUCAAAAUCCUGUUGAAUUAAAGGCACUAUAUAAUGAAUAUGUUCACUUCAAAGAAACUGAGAUUCCACUCAAAGAGAUGGAAAAGGCAGAAGUAGAACAGUUGUACAAGAUGCUAGAGGUAUGGAUGGAGUUUGGUCGUAUUAAACUACCACAGGGACUGCACCCCAAUGAUCUUGAAGAGGAGUGGGGUAAACUAAUCUUGGAAAUGUUGGAACGAGAAAAAGCUCUAAGGCCAGCAGUGGAGAGACUUGAGCUUCUUCUGCAAAUUGCAAACAAGAUCCAAAACGGAGCUCUAAAUUGUGAAGAGAAGCUGACACUAGCUAAGAACACACUUCAGGCAGAUGUUUCCCAGCUGGAGGCAGGUCUGUCUUCACAGUAUGAGCAGGAUGUGGAAAUGUAUCUGCAGGACUCUGAUGUGAUGAUCCGUCAGUUACAGGCUGACACUCAUAUUUUGAGAGCUGAGAGAUACUAUCAAGUAGAACAGUUGGCAUUCAGAAUUACAUGUCUGCAAGAAGAACUGGUUGUUCUGCGUCGGGAUUCUGCUAAUUUGUACAGAAAGGAUCACUUUGCAUCUUCUACUACAUCAUUAAAGAAUGAACUGCAGGUGCCUGGUCACUUCAAAUUAGAAACCAGAAGCCUAACUCGACGAGCAGAGACUACUCUGGGUUCUUCUGAAUCUUGGUUAUGGAAACCUUUGAGUCGCACUGAAUUAUUGGCCAUUUCCUCAUCUGAAGAUGAAGGAAACCUCCGCUUUGCCUAUGAACUUCUUUCUUGGGUUGAAGAAACACAGGUUAAACUGGAACGAGCAGAAUGGGGCACAGACUUGCCUAGUGUUGAAAAGCAGCUGGAAGCUCAUCAUCUAGUUCACUGCACAGUGGAAGAACUUCAGGAUAAUCUUAGAGAGGCCCGACUUUAUGAGUCAAAGAUAUCUCCUGGACUCCAGAGUAGCUAUUCUGAAACGUUAAGCAAACUAGAGAACCAGUACUGCAAAUUAUUGGAAACGUCUUCCUCAAGGUUGCAAUCUUUGAGAAGUUUGCAUGCCUUUGUAAGGCAAGCCACCUCGGUGCUUAUUUGGCUAAACGAGCGGGAAGAGGAGGAGAUGGCGUUUGACCUGAGUGAACAAAAUCCUAAUAUUGGACUUAAGAAAGGCUACUUCACAGACUUGAAAGCAGAGCUGGAACAGAAACAACUAAUCGUUUGUACCCUUGAAGACACAGCAAAGAGACUUUCCCUAGAAAAUCAUCCUGCUAAGCAAACAAUGGAGGCAUACAAUACUGCAGCACAGACUCAAUGGCAGUGGGUUUACCAUCUUUGUGACUGUAUUGAGCAGCACAUUCGUGACAACAUGGCUUACUUCCAGUUUUUUAACGAAGUCCAGGAGUCAGAGUCAUUUUUGAUCAGACUACAGGAUUCUAUCAGAAGGAAGUAUACCUGUGACUGCAAGAGCCGUCUGAGUCGGUUGGAAGAUCUGCUUCAGGAUUCCAUGGAUGAAAAAGAACAGCUGAUUCAAUACAAAAGUUCUGUGGCAAGUCUAGUAGGUCGAGCUAAAUUUAUUGUUCAACUGAAGCCAAGAAACCCAGACUAUGCUGUAGAUGCAGCCAUACCUAUCAGAGCCAUGUGUGAUUAUCGUCAGAUUGAGAUAACAAUCAACAUGAGUGAUGAGUGUGUUCUUGUAGAUAAUUCUCAGCGUACUAAAUGGAAGGUUAUCAGUCCAACAGGAAAUGAGGCAAUGGUACCCUCAGUGUGCUUUGGGAUCCCACCACCAAACCAAGAUGCUCUUGACAAGGCCAACAGAAUUGAACAGCUUUAUCAGAAUGCAAUGACUGUGUGGCAUCAGUUUCAUGUCAACAUGAAAAGCAUAAUUUCCUGGAACUACCUGGUAACAGAUAUCAAGAAUAUUAUGGCAUGGAACCUAGACACCGUAAAGUCACAAACCCCUUCUGAACGUCAGCAAGCACUGGAUAAGAUGGCUUCUCACUUAUCUGACUUCUUAGAUGAUAGCAGAGAAAGCAAUAUUUUUACAGUCUCUGACCAACGGCAACUGGAGAAUGAUGUGGAGAAAUGUCGAGUGCACAGCAAAAAAUUAGAGGAAUCCAUGGAAAUUGAAGAGAAAGAUGCAGAAAUAUUGCACAGUUAUUUGAGUGAAUUGCAGAGUAUUCAGAUGAAAAUUGAACAAACUGAUCAGAGAUUGUGUAAGGGCAUAAGAGGUUUGCCAGCUAAUAUCACCAGGGGAAAGGACAUUACACAUGAAAGUUCUAUACUUGUUGCUGAGCAAGAGAGAAUCCAUCAGGAAGUAGAUAUUCUGAAGUCUGAGAUAAACUUCAUUUCUCAGAAGUGCUCAAGUUUUCUUGAAAAUUCUCCAAGUUCUGCUGGAAUUCCAUCCUUGCGUUCAGAACUCAGUCUUACUGUGACAAAGAUAGGCAGACUUUAUUCCUUAUCCUUGAUCUACUUGAACAAGCUGAAAACAUUAGAUGUGUUAAUACAUAGCUGCCAUGCUGCUGAAAGCCUGGUGAAAAAGUAUGAGGACAAAUUAAAUGAUGAGGAAACAGUGCAAGCUGAUUUGUCAGCCAUAAAAAAUCAAAGAGAUCAGCUUCAGUUGUGGAUAUUAGAAACAUGUGACAAACAGUCCAUCUUUUCUGCCUUGGAGGGAGUUCUUUUAAAAUCAAAAUGCGAUGAAGAGCAGCCUCUACCACAUCUCAACCAAGAGAAAAAUCUUGAUCUGGAGCGUUACCGGGAACAAGCAAUUCAGCUGAAAGAGAGAUGGAAUAGUGUGAAUUUACAAAUAAGAAACAGGCAAUCAGAUUUAGAAAACCUUGAGAAAAUUUUGAAGGAUUACCGGGAAUGUCACAAAAAUCUGAUCUCUUGGAUUGAGAAAACUUCAUUACAUCAAGAAGAAAUGCAACCAGGAAAAGCAGAAGAUAGUAAAAUCCUUUCUGAGCAACUGAAUCAACAAACAGCUUUGGUGGUUGAAAUUGAGAAGAAUCAAACAAUGCUUGAUGAAUGCCAAAACCUCUCCAAACAGUACUGCUCAUGUGUUAAGGAUUAUGAGUUGCAGUUAAUGACUUAUCGAGCCUUUGUGGAAUCCCAUCAGAAGUCUCCUGUAAAAAAGAGAAGAAUGAAGUCUUUAUCUGAUGCCAUUUCUCAGGAGUUCAUGGAUCUGCACACACGUUACACUGCACUGGUUACUCUCACAACUCAGCAUGUGAAGUAUAUCAAUGAUGCCUUAAGGAGACUUCAGGAAGAAGAGAAACUGAUUGAAGAGGAGAAACUUAAGCUGAUGAACCAACUAUCUGAAAUGCUGUCCUGGACAACAGAAAUGAAGAAAAAUCUUCUUUGGAAGGAAAACUUUAGUGGCAUAGAUGGAUCAGGCAUGCUAGAAACAGUUCUAUCUGAACAGCAGGCCAUAUCCAUUGAGCUGGCUUCUAGGAAGGACCAAGUUUCAGAAAUUACCAGGACUGUGCAGUUUUUUCUACAGUCAAAAAAGGCCAACAAGUUAUCAUCUGAUGAGAAGCAAGAGAUUACAACUCAGGUUGAUAUUUUGACUGAGAUCUACAGGCAGUUGUGUGAGCAAUCUAUGCAGAAUUUGCAACAGCUUCAUGUUCUCCUUGCGGAGAAGGCAAAGCACAAGGAGCGUACUACUAUGGUAGACUUGGAGACCAUUGAAGUAUUUUCCAAAAUGCUACUGGAAGCACAGCUAGUUCUUUGUGGAAAUAAAAAUGUCUUAUUUGAUAAAGCCUUGGACAAAAAUAUUUUACACUUUAGAACCAAUGAACCGUUAAUGGAGCUCCAAGGUGCUUUAGAUUUAUUAGAUACCUUGUGUGAUUCAAUUGAUUCUGUGAUGAGAGAAAGAUAUUUAUCAUCUUUACCUUUUAGAACAAAUUUAGAACAAAAUGAAGCUGGAGAUCAGACCAUUUCCAGUGUUGAAGCAGCAAACCCUUUCAAGGUAGACCCACAAUUGGAGCUUGGGAUCCUGAAGAGCCAAAUGGAUUCUGGUGAUAAUGAAAUUGUUACUGAAAAAGCAGUAAAUUUUGUCAGCGUAUUUCAACUGCUAUUUUCUGAAGAAAUUUUAAAACCUACUUCAACUAGCCAGCUUUCAGAUUGUGACAUUGUGAAAUAUAAUACGGAACACAAUAUGCUAUAUAUAGGAAAGGCAAAAACUAAAAUACUGUUUUUAUUAAACAUGGCAAAUGAUUUCCUAAAUAAUUUAAGAAAACAUAAGACUCCACCUUAUGUUACUGAGCAAGUAAAUGCAGAGGAAAUAUGUUCUUUAGAGGAAACUGACCAGUUUCAUAAUUCCAGCAACACAGCAGGGAUGAAUGGUACUAUGAAAAAUGAUGUCUCCCCAUUAGAGUCAUUUAGCUAUUUAGACAUUUCUAAUAAACGCAAACUGGAGGUUUCAACAAUGAUGCCCAGCAAAGCUGCAAAGAACCUCAAGCAGAAUAACUGCAUGCUUUUGGAUUACAUACCAGUGAAGAGUGAAGUGACUCUAGUGAAAAUGAACAGCACUCAGGGAGAUACCAAGAUUUUUCGGACAAACGAAUGUGUUAGACACACAGGGAUUAACUGUAAAACUGUUUCUUUACAAAAUAUGCAUGAAUGCAUGUCUUUAAGAAAAAAGAAAACUUCAGUGCCAAAAGAUGGUAAUGCUUCCCAUAAUGUUCAGCUAUACUCAGCCAUCUAUAUGGGCAACUCAAACAAAAUGUUUUUACCAUCAGUCAUAGGUACUGGUAAUGUGCAUCAUGAAACAGUAAAUGAGAGCAGAAGAGAUGAAAAAGUUGAUAAAAAGCAACAUGAUCAAAUGCCACAAUUACAAUAUACUACUAAAUCAACAGACAGUAAAGUAGAUAAUGUGAAAACUUCAAAGAUGAUUAUUGAAAAAAUAGUAUUAGACCAUCAGGCAAUAGUACCAGUUGAUGAAUUUUUAAGUGGUUGGAAAGACGCAACUUUAGAGCUUUUUUCUGAGAUAGAGGAAAUGGGAAAUGUAGCUAGGUUAGUAAAAGACAGUACUAUACCAUUUUCAUCUGAGGUGAUUGUAGAAGACAGUGUGGCUGAUUUGGGAGACAAGGCUGCUCUUUUCAUGCAGAAGAGAGUAGAAAUAGAAUAUGUUAGUGCAGGGGAAUUUUGUGAAAAUGUUAUUCUUUUACCAUUGAAAAUGCCAGGAAAACAUUUUGCUGAAAAAGAAAGACGGGCCUCAAUUGGAUAUGAGAUUGAAAAAAGUGGGAAAUCAACUGCUCAGCUCAGCAUGGAGGAGCCAUUAGAUUAUUGGACUGGUGAGACUGAAAAAAAAAUGAAUCAAUUCACUUCCAAGACAUUUCUUGUACAAAGUAAUGCUGAUAUGUGUGGAAUACAGCCUGUUCCUCUUUCACUUCAGACACUGUCAGUUAAGCGCUGUGCAUUAGCAAAAAGAGAUAAAAAUUCUUCUCAUAAUAUCAAAGGGAAUGCAGGAGCUUACCUCUUUGAACUGGCUACAUCAGAGUGGCUGCCUGGUGAUCUGUAUGUAACCCCUUUUCUCAAAGUCUGUGCUCAACCACAAGGGAAGGAUCAAGAAGCAUUACAGCAACAAAUUAAGGUAAUGAAUGGUGCAACAAAUCAGAUUGAGGAUCAAGAUGCAGCACUCACUAGAGAGCUGAAGACUCAAAGGAAAAAGGCUGAAAAAAAUGAAUAUUUUGCACACAUACUAAAUACAGAAAACUUGAGUCAACUUAAAAAGCUAAAUAAGCAAGUCAAGAAAGUGAAAAACUUGUCACAAGAGCAACAUCCACUAAAUGUAAAUGUAAUGCCAUGUGAAAAUAGCAGGAAAAGUGGAACAGUAAGUACAUUCUUGCAAUGCCAGAAUAUUUCAUUUGAUGCAGUAGCUACAUAUAAGUAUUUAUUUGAUCGAUGGAUAAGAGACUACAGAAUUGUAGCUAGUAUAGGAGAAAUGCAUAAUAUUCAGGAACAUAAUUCAGUAUUGGGUAUAAGUACCAUUCAAGGCCUGGAACCAGAUAAAUGUGAGGUCCUUUCUAGAUAUUUAGAAAUUAGUAAUCUGGAAGAAUUACUGCAGAGUCCAAAAGUUAAAUGUGUUGAAUCUGGAGAAUUAAUCUCCCAAUUUCCAGCCAAAAUAAAAAAAAGAGUCAAAGUAAUGAAGGAUACAGAAAUUGUUGAUUGCUAUAAUCAAUUAAUUAAGGUGGACAUUCUUUCCCAAAAAUACUGUCAGUCCUCCGUGUUCCCAGAUGGCAAGCCUCCUUUAAGUAUGCCAAAUAUAAUGACCUUAGAAGAUCAGGCCUUGGCAGAUUUAGCAUUAACUAAUAAAUGUGAUUAUUUAAGUUUUUCAAAAGAAAAUAAUUUGCAUGACCUGAAUAAAUGCAUGAAAAUAAGCACAGUAAAACAUUUCCCAUCUCAUCAAGAUUUUCUAAGUCAGCAUAAAAAAAUGACAGGCAUUUCUAGAGGAAAGGGAAGUGAAAAGCCACUGGAUCAAGACAAUUUGGAAGGUCAGACACCAAUUACUUGUUUACUGCUAAAAAACAGAGAUACUUUUAAGGGGUGGACUUUGCAUGCCGACUUGAACACAUAUUUGCAAGAAUCAUCUCUGAAGUUUGAAGCCAAAGCAGUUCUGUCUUUGAAAGCUCAGGAGAGUAUUGAGGAAAAAACAAAUGAUAUGAGAGUUGUGAAGAAGCAAGAUACACAAGAAUGGGAAGAAAUGCACAAAGCACAAAGAAAUGCACAAUUCUUAUUUGACAUUUCAUCCAACAUUGAUGGGCACACAUUCAUACCCACCAAUGGUGAGAAGUGUGAUAAUCAUUCUUUAACCACAGAAUUGACUUUGCCCUACAUGAUGAAAGACAGUAUCAUUAGACCUGGUACCACAGAAUACUUCUUUGGACAAAAGUUGUCAAUCUCAAAGCCUGAUCUUAACAUGCUAGACAUCUACUCAGAGCUAGAGAAAAAUGGGAGCUCCAUGCAGGACGAACCAAAUAUCGAAGAAUACUUUACAAGAAUUAAAAAUGCUCAUGGGAUAUCCACUGCUGAGACUGAAAUACCUGAUGCAGCUAUUCUGAUAGAAAAUGCACAAACAGAGUACAACAAUAAUAAACACAGAUUAGAAAGAGAGGUCGAGUCACCUAAUGAAAAUGUGAAUUCAGCUACGGAACUAAGAAAGAAAGAAGUGGACACCAUAAAACAUGUAGAAAAAGAAACUGACUCUUUGUUUUUCAACUUAAAGCAAUUUAAAACAUAUUCCAGUUUUCUGAAUGAUAAGAAACACUAUGAUAGAGAUUCCAUAGAGAUCCAUGAUAAACCCAUUACAUUGGAAGAAAUUCCUGCAGCUCAAGAGCCAUUGUUCCAAACUAGCUAUGAGAUACCACAUGUUUCUGGCCAGAGUCAACAAACUGAAUCAUCUUUUCAGCUAGGCACUGAAAGCAAAGCAGUGCUUCUAGAAAAGAUUAAAAAUAAAUUGCAUUUUCAUAAUGAAAUGAAAGAAAACCAGGAAAAAUGUGUUUCUUCGGAAAAAUUAUAUGGAAACUACAGAGGAUGGAGGCAGAAAAGAUAUGAUGAGCAACUUUCUUGUAAGAAUGAGGAAGCAAAAUACACGAAAUCUACUGAGGCAAACCAAUCUACAGCCAUUCAUCCUGCAAAGGAAUACCUAGUAGACUCUGUGGAAGUGCUGGAUGUUAUUAGAAUGGUCAUACAGUUAUUCAUCUCUGAGCAUAAUCAAGACUUGAAACCUCACUUGAUUGGACACCUCCUUGGUCAAAUGAAUCAACUUCAAACAUCCUUCUUUCUGAAGACUGAGAUGGUUCAGGAGCAACAAGAAGUAUACAGUCAAAAAUUAGACAAACUUGGCCUGUGGCUAGAAAAAACAUCCAGUUCAUUGGCCAUGUAUCAAGAAGCUAAAAUCGACAGUGACCUGAACAAUCUACAUCUGAGACAAGCCAGCAUUCAGGCUUUUCAACAUGAUAUCAAGACAAAUGCAGCAGAUGUAUCUGAAGUCAUUGCAUCAGUGAAGGCAUUCUUAUCAGAGAAUGGUGAUUUUUUGCCACUUACGGAGCAUAGAGAAAUGGAAAAGAAGUUGGAACAAGCAGAGAAACAGUAUGCAGAACUUGUCAAUUGCAUUAACACCACCCAGCAGAUUAUUGAUUCUGCUGUUGCAACCGCUCAACAGAAUGAAUCCCAGAAGGUUAAAGUAAUGACUACAUUAAAGGAAACUAGAUGUAAAGUUGAUCAGCUACUUGGAUUGGUGUCCUCGUUACCUAGUCCAUCAGAAGCAGAAGGAGAGAUUCAGCAAUCAGAAACUGACUCUUUGUUGCAGCCUGAAGUUGGGAUUGAUUCUCAGUAUAAGAGAAUCAUGGCUUAUCAUCAAGUGCUGUUAUCUCAACAGCAAAGUAUUAUCAUGACUACAAAAUCAGCACAGGCCUUCCUAGAUAGACAGACUGCUAACUUGCCUUCAGAGGAGUGUCAGCAACUCAGUGAUGAUCUGGCUCAAUUGUCCAAACAGUAUGAAAGUCAGCUGGCAAAAUGUGAGCUCCAGCUCAGACAAAUGCAGAUGUUUAAGGAGGAACAAAUCAAAUUCUUACAAGAGCACACCGAAUUUGUGAACUGGUUAGAACAGAGUGAAAAUGGAAUAUGCUCUUUAAAUGUAAAUAUUGAGAAUGUCAAGGAUCUUCAAGAAAUACUGGAAAAGCAAAAGCUGCACUCGGAUGACAUAAUUUGUCACAAGGCAGAUUUGAGAUUUGUUACCAUUUCUGGUCAGAAAGUUCUUGACAUGGUAGCAUUAAUCCACACUAGUGGAUGGACUGAGCUUGACAUCCUCUCUGCUGUACAGCUAGUGAAGAAUAAAAUGGAUGAUUCCACUGAAAGGUACUCAAAGCUGCGUGAUAAGUGUCUUGAUCUUGGUGUUAAUCUUAACAACUUACUUCAGCGAUACUAUGAAUUCAAGGAUGAAGCAAGUUCACUGGAUACCUGGUUACAGAAACACCAACGGACAUCUGAGGGGCUUUUAUCUGAUAGCACUGAUCUAAAUAGCUUACAGAAGCAGCUGGACACAGCCAAGAAAUUACAGGAUGAAUUUGCUGAGCAGCAGCUGCAAGUGCAACACUUGAAGCAAGCAACAAACAUACUGCUAAAUAUUGAACCAAAUAUGAGCAAGGAAGAGAUUCUUAAGACAACAGAGAAGCUUGUGGAGAAUUUUGAAAACCUUUUUCAAACUAUUUCUCAACGCUCUGAGAAACUACAGACAGCACUUGCACAGUCUCAGGGUGUUCAAAAAAAUCUCCUUGGACUGCAUACCUGGAUGGAUAGUGUUGAGGAGAUGAUGAAGACUCAAGAGAAUAUCACACCUUCUGCCCAAGCAGUACGAGAUGCACUGACUCAGAACCAGAAAGUACGUCAUGAUCUGCUGUCACACCAAGGUAGCAUGGAGGCUGUUCAGGACUUAGUAACACAAAUCCUACAGACCACAGAUGCAUUGACUGCAUCUAGGCUACAGACAGAUCUGUGUCAGCUUCAUAAGCGCUUUACAUUAGCAAAGAGCACCCAGCAACAGAAGGAGCUAAGCCUAAUGGAAGUUUUAAACAAACUGGUGGUGUUUGAAACCCUAGCUAUGCAUAUUAAACAGUUUAUUGAAUCCAGCAAUGAAGUGCUGGUAUUUGGAAAUCCUCUUGACAGAGAGUUGGAAGACUGUUUAUUGAGGUUUGUGGAGCUGAAGAAGACAGCCAAAAAAGAAUCAGAAAAUGUAUGCUCGCUGAGGAAUCUCGCAGCAGAGCUCAGUACUACAGGUGUCCUGAAUUGUAGCGACCCUUUACAGGAUACAGUAAAACAACUGACGGAAGAGUUUAAUAAACUAGAAGUCAGUGUUGAGGAGAGGUGCAAAGAAGUGUCUCAUUGUCGUCAGCGAUUAGAAGCUUUCCACGUACUUGUAACAUCCUUGCAGAACUGGUUACAUGAAAUGCAGGACAAGUUACCAGAUGCAGAGUUGCACUUUACCACAAAAGAGCUGGAAAUUCAAGUUCAUCAGCUUAAUGAGAUGCUUAGUGACUGGGAGUCACAGAAACGAUUUAUCAAAGAUAUGAACCAGAUGGGAUCAGAACUGGAGGGCCUGAUUGUUAAAAUAAUGUUGUCUAGGAGCCAGCUGAAGCAUGAUAUGGUGCAACAGAAGGAGGCAACAGCAAACGACAAUGUCAAUGGAAUCCAUAUCUGUAAAGAUAUGACACAGACACAGUGUGAAAUGUCCGAAGUGAACAGUGCUUAUAAGAGCCUAGGAGUGUCACUAAAGGAAAGGUUGGAUCACUUUUCAUCAUCACUUGGCCAAAGACAACACAUUGAACAGGAGGCAGCCUCAGUUACACACUUUCUGGAGAUAAAAGAGCAGAGUAUACUUGUACAUAGGCAACAGGGUAUUUCUCCAAGCAAGCAGCUGGCCCUUCAACAGCAGGCUGAGCAAAAUAAGGUACUGCAAGCAGAGUUAGAUCAGCAUUCUGCGGAAUUGGACAACUUGAAAAAAGCUCUUUUUGACAUAAUUGAGAAGAAUUCUACAUCUCCUGAAGCAAAGAAGUGGAAAAUUUGGUUGGACGAUAUUGAUGCAAGGUGGAAACGAACAAAUGAACUUGUUUCUGAAAGACAAGCUUUGUUGGAGGGGUCUGUAAAUCUUCUUCAAAGCUUCACAACAGCUGAGUCGCAGCUGAGGCCCUGGUUAGCAGAGAAACAACUUAUGAUUAGUGUACUAGGCCCCUUAUCCAUUGAGCCGAAUAUGCUAAGAACACAGAAACAGCAAGUUCAGUUUUUGCUGAAAGAGUUUGACUCCAGGAGGACACAAUUUGACCAGCUGACUCAUUCUGGAGAAAGCAUCAUGUCUUCAGACGCAGACCCCAAUUCUGUAUCUUGUAGCACUGUGCGGGAUCAGCUGUCAUCUGUGACUGUUUUGUGGAAGAACUUAACUGACUGUUUAAACCUACGUUUUGAGCAAAUUGACCAGGCUCAGGAGAUGAGCUCCAAGUACCAAAAUGUGCUGCAAGAUUUAUCCUGUAGUUUGGCACAGCUAGGUCAACGACUGGAUGAAAACAUUAAUCUGAGCAUAGAGCCUAGUUUACUACAGGAGCAACUUGAAGAAAACAGCAGAAUUCAUUCAGAGCUUGAGCGGAGUAAAAAGAAUUUGGAUGAAGCAGAAUCUCUCUUUCAAGGUCUCACCAAUAUAAUCGUGGAGGAAUACCUUCGUGAAGAGCUAAUAAAAAGGCUGGAGAAUGUAAGCAAUACUUACAAGACGCUGUGUGAGCGUGCAGCUAAAUGUUUACUACAGCUGCAAUGUGCAUUAUCUAGUUCUCAGCAGUUUAAACAGACAUUUGAUGAAUUUUGCAACUGGCUUGAACAAAGAUCAGAAGAAGCUGAAGGAUUUUCACCUGUGUCUGGCCAUCUUCGAAUACUUAGGACACAGCUACAGCAACAGGAAGACUUUCAAAAACACCUGAAUCAACACAGAGGAACCUAUGACUUAAUAUUGUCUCAGAGAGACUCAUUCCUGCUUUCCAUGUCUCAAGGAGAGGAAAGAACUGUUUUGCAGACUAAAGUAGGUUUACUGAAGAAGCGCUGGGAAAAGUUGAAUUGUACUACAGCAAAGAGACAAGAACUUUUGAAGGACUGCAUCACUAGGGCUUUGAGGUACCAGCAGCAUCUGGAUGAACUACUGCCUUGGAUUAAAAAUUAUGAAGUGCAUUUAUCAAAGCUGAAUGCCAUUCAAGAUCCUGCCAAGCUAGAGGAGGCCCUUUUGACAGCAAAGUCAUUGGGACAGGAGACUGAAAAACAGCGUGUUCUUUUGGAGUUGUUCAAUGCAACUUCUGACUCCUUGAUUGAAGCUUGUGAAUCUGGAGAGGAUGAAAUUAGGGAUGAGAAGGCUGUUGUAAACCAGAAAAUGGAUGCUUUGUCAGAAGAGAUGCUGAAAAUCACUACCUCUUUAGAGGAAAAAUAUGUGAGAAUAAAAGAGUUGCAUGAUGGUAUUAGAGAGGUCAAACUGAAACUAGAGAUUUCCCAGCAUAAGCUAGAGAUACAUGAGGCACUGGGUCUGCAUUCAUGCAGCAGUAAAAGUCUGGAAAAAAUACAGACACAGCUAGAGGUCCUACAAUCCUUAGAUUCACAAAUCCACUACCUGAAAGAUCUAAUCAAAGGACUACAGGAGGAUGCAACCUUGGGGCGGCAGGUAACAUUUGACUGCACAGAGCUGUCAGCCGAAGUGGAAGAUAUUGCAAGCAAGACCACUGUUGUUAAGCAUAAGGUUGAGGAGUGCUGCAUCUAUCUUGAAGAAAGACUUCUGGGUGUUGGUCAGAUGCAGGCUCGCGUUCGAGACUUGUUUUCUCAAAUAGCUGAUUUAGAUGAUGAGCUGGAUAGUAUGUCUCCUAUUUCAAGAGACCAGGAUUCUCUGCAAUCACAGGUUGAGGAUUUGCACUGUUUUCUCUCCCAGCUGUCUGAGAUGUGUUUUGCAGUUAAUGAAUGCAGUACAGAGUGUUGUAGGAAGCUGGAAAGUGAAGGAAACACUCCGGAUUUGCUGGCAAUCAAAAAAGAACUUGAUACUUUAACUCGCCAAAGUGUUAAGUUGAAUGAAAGGGCUAAAUGCAGGCUGGACCAGGUUGAGAUCACCUCCCAACGUGUCAAGGAAUUCUACAAUAUAGUAAAGGACCUCAGUGGCCUAUUGGUGGCUGCUGAAAUGGGCAUGACCUCCCAGGGUAGUGUGAGCAGUGAAUUGGAAACUAUUAACCAGCAGCUGGCCAUGUUGAAGCUUUUUCAGAAGGAGCAAGUUGAUCCAAUCCAGCCUCCGCUCCAGCAUCUGAAUAAUGUGGGACAGGGCCUGAUACAAAGUGCAGCAAAAAACUCAGACACACAGGGACUGGAGCAUGAUCUUGAAGAGAUCAACAUGCGGUGGAACACUCUUAACAAAAAGGUUUCCGAGAGAAUAGCACACAUGCAGGAAGCUUUACUGCACUGUGGGAAAUUCCAGGAUGCACUAGAACCUCUGCUUAGUUGGCUUACUGAGACAGAAGACCUGAUAGCCAAUCAGAAGCCUCCAUCUGUGGAGUAUAAAGUUGUAAAGGCACAGAUCCAAGAGCAAAAACUAUUGCAGAGGCUUCUGGAUGAUCACAAGCUGUCAGUGGAAAUGAUCUCUGCUGAAGGACAAAGGAUUGCCCAGUCUACAGAACCUUUUGAUCAAGAGAAAAUCUGCAGACAGCUUCAGACCCUCUCUGAACGAUGGUCAGCAGUUAUAAGCAAGGCUAAUAACAGACAAUGCCAACUGGAUGAUCUUCUUAUUUUAGCCAAGCGGUUUCAUGAUAUAGUUGAACCUUUGAUAGAGUGGCUAAGUACAACAGAAAAGAAACUGGCCAAUUCAGAACCCCUUGGCACACAAACCAGCAAGAUCCUGCAACAAAUUAACCAGCAUAAGGCUCUAAAUGAGGAGAUUCUCGAUCAGAAGAAGAAUGUAGAUCAAGCCAUCAAAAAUGGUCAGGCAUUACUCUGUGAAGCGACAGGUGAGGAAGUUACUUUGAUCCUGGAGAAACUAGAUGGCAUUAAAAGCCACUACUCAGAAAUCACAGCUACAAGCUCACGGGCUCUCCGCAUCCUUGAGCAGGCUCUUCAGCUUUCAACAAGGUUCAGAACUGCUUAUGAGGAGCUAGGGAAUUGGAUGGACAAUGUGGAAAGUGAGCUGGCUUCCAGCACUGGGCAGCUAUCAUCCACUGAACUAAUUAGCCAUUUUCAGGAAAGACAAAGGGAGCUGAAAACAGCAGUAACAGAUCAGUGGCUGGUGUUGGACACUGUGAAUGAGGUUAGCAGUGCCUUACUGGAGCUUGUUCCCUGGCGUGCCCGAGAUGGACUGGACCGUCUUGUUGUUGAAGCCAAUGAAAGGUUUAAAUCCAUCAGUGACAUUAUUUCUCAGCGUGUUGAACAAAUUGAUGCUGCCAUCCAGAGGUCACUUCAGUAUGAACAGAAUGCUGAUGCAGAGCUUGCCUGGGCGGCUGAGACUGAGCGGAAACUGACCUCUUUGGGACUUAUCUGUCUAGAGCAAGACCAGACCAUGGCACAACUGCAGGUUCAAAAGGCAUUCACCAUUGAUAUUAUUCGACACAAGGACUCCAUUGAUAAACUUCUGGAAGAUCAAGAAAAUGUACUUGAGAUGUGUAAAGAAGAGCAAAAAGUAAUUCUAAAGAACAAGACUGAGUCUCUUCUAAAGCAAUAUGACCUGGUCAGUCAGCUUAACUCGGAACGCUAUGGCCACCUGGAAAAGGCUCAAGUUCUGGUAAACCAGUUUUGGGAGACUCUAGAGGAAGUAAAUCCUUGGCUGGAGGAAACUUUGUCUUUAAUUGUACACCUUCCUAGUCCAGCUGUUCACUCUGCAGGAUUAAGACAACAGCAAGAUGAUCUGAGGCAACUGCGAGAGUUUAUUGCAGAACGCAAAUCCUACAUUGACAGACUGAUCAAGAUUGGACCUCAGCUAGCUGAACUAAAUCCAGUGGAGGGUGACGUUGUACUCAAAAGAGUAGCCACAACUGAGAGCUGCUAUAGAGAGCUUAAGGAGGAGGUGAAACAAAGAGCCAUGGCUCUUGAAGAAGCUGAAACACAGUUAUGUCAGUUCCACGAUAAGAUAGAACCAAUGCUUGAGACUUUGCAACUUAUGCAAAGUCGCCUCUGCCAGCCCCCUGCCAUUCCAGCUGAAGUGGACAAGAUUCGUGAACAGAUUGCAGACAAUAAAAACAUCAGUGCAGAGCUGGAUAAGCUGCUACCCUCCUUCCAAACACUUAGCCAAAAAGGUGGUGAACUCAUUAGAAGAUCUCAAGGGCUAGAGAAAGAGUCUGCUGUCAAAUCUAUAAAAAAACAGCUUGACAUGCUUUCAUUCUACUUCGAAGACAUCAAAAGUAAAUCAGAAGAGAGAGAAGCAAAACUGCUUGAUGUUCUAGACCUUGCAGAAAAGUUCUGGUAUGACAUGACAGCACUACUCACUACUAUUCGAGACACUCAGGAUAUUGUAAGAGACCUUGAAGAUCCAGGGAUUGACCCAUCACUCAUCAAGCAGCAGAUUGAAGCUGCAGAGGCAAUUAAAGCAGAGACAGAUGGUUUGCUAGAAGAACUGGAAUUUGUUCGGAACCUUGGUGGUGAUUUAAUUAUUUCUUGUGGAGAAACUGAAAAGCCAGAAGUUAAGAAAACUAUUGAUGAGAUGAAUCAAAGUUGGGAGAGUCUUAACCGGACCUGGAAAGAGCGCAUGGAGCAUCUUGCAGAGGCCAUGUCAAUUGCUGUCCAGUAUCAGGAUGCUAUUCAGGCAAUGUAUGACUACUUGGACAAUGCAGUGAUCAAACUGUGUGAUAUGUCUUCCGUGGGUACAGACAUUGAUACAGUGAAGCAGCAGAUUGAUGAGCUGAAGGUAUUUAAAGAAGAGGUCUAUCAGCAACAGAUUGACAUGGAGAAGCUGAACCAUCAGGGUGAGCUCAUGCUUAAGAAAGCAGCUGAUGAUACUGACCGUGACAUCAUCCAAGAACCUCUCACUGAGUUGAAGCACCUGUGGGAUAACCUGGGGGAUAAAAUUGUACUCCGGCAGCACAAGCUGGAAACAGCUCUUCUGGCUCUGGGGCAGUUCCAUCAUGCACUCUCUGAACUAAUGUCCUGGUUAACACACACUGCUGAAAUGUUGGACUGUCAAAGACCUGUCAGCAUGGACCCAAAAUCCAUUGAGAUUGAAUUGGCAAAGCACCAUGUGUUACGCAAUGAUGUGUUGUCCCAUCACUCUACAGUGGAUAGUGUGAACAAGGCUGGCAAUGAACUACUACAGUCCAGUGAAGGAGAUGAAGCCAGCCACCUGCACAGCAGCCUUAACAGUAUGAACUGCAGCUGGGAAGCAAUUUUGCUUAAGACACAAGAGAGACAGCAGCAUUUAGAAGCAGCUUUACAGCAGGCCGAGGGUUUCCAUGGAGAAGUUGAAGACUUUCUGCAGUGGUUAAGAAAGAUGGAGAGUCAGUUGUAUAUUUCAAAACCUACAGGAGGAUUGCCUGAAACUGCUAAAGAGCAGCUACAACAGCAUAUGGACAUAAAAGCCCAGUUCAGUACAAAGGAGGAGUUGUACCAGCAGAUUAUGGACAAAGGUCACCACAUUAUAAUAAAUCAAGAUGAUCCAGCAGUGGGAUCAAACACUAAAACCAAUCUUGCCCUUCUUGAACAGAAGUGGCAAGCAUUGAAUACCAAAAUUGAAGAAAGAAGGGACAAGUUGGAAGAGGCUCUCUGUCUUGCUACUGAGUUCCAGAGCUCUUUACAGGACUUUAUAAACUGGCUUACUCAAGCUGAACAAAAUUUAAACUUGUGUCAACCUCCCAGUUUUAUACAGGAAACUGUGUUAUUACAGGUUGAUGAACAUAAGCAAUUUGUUAAUGAAGUUAACACUCAUCGUGACCAGAUUAUGUGUCUUGACAAAAUGGGGUCUCAUCUGAAGUUUACCAGUCAGAAGCAGGAUGUGGUACUGAUUAGGAACCUUCUGAUGAGCAUGCAGUCCAGAUGGGAGAAGGUUGUGCAGCGCUCCCUGGAAAGAGGCCGCAGUCUAGAUGAGGUCCGCAAGAGAGGCAAACAAUUUAGUGAAACCUGGCGGAAGCUUGUUGACUGGCUGGAAGAAGCAGAGAGACAAUUGGAUUCAGAGCUUGAGAUCUCUAAUGACCCAGACAAAAUCAAGCUACAGCUGACUAAGCAUAAGGAGUUUCAAAAAAUAUUGGGAGCAAAGCAACCAGUAUAUGACACAACAGUUCGAAGUUGUCGCUCAAUGAAGGAAAAGGCUCCCCUUUCUGAUGAUCUGCCGAAAUUGGACAAUUUACUUGGAGAAGUCCGAGACAAGUGGGAUACUGUAUGUGGAAAAUCAGUUGAGAGGCAGCACAAGCUAGAAGAGGCUCUCCUUUUCUCAGGCCAGUUUGCAGAUGCUCUCCAAGCCCUCAUUGACUGGCUGUGUCGUGUUGAACCACAACUAAGUGAGGAUCAACAGGUUCAUGGAGAUUUGGACUUGGUUAUCAACCUAAUGGAUGCUCAUAAGGUAUUUCAGAAGGAGCUUGGAAAACGUACAAGCAGCAUGCAAGCGCUGAAACGUUCAGCCCGUGAACUGAUUGAGAGUGGUCGAGAUGACACUACGUGGGUCAAGGUGCAGCUGCUGGAGCUAACCAAUCGAUGGGAUAUUGUGUGCAAGUUGUCAGUCAGUAAGCAGAGUCGACUGGAACAUGCUUUGAAACAAGCAGAGGAAUUUAGGUCAGCAGUCAAUCAUCUUUUGGAGUGGUUGUCUGAGGCAGAGCAAACCUUGCGAUUUAGGGGGGUGCUUCCUGAUGAAGUAGAAACAUUACAGAGUCUCAUUAGCCUUCACAAGGAAUUUAUGACAAAAGUGGAGGAAAAGCAGAUAGAUGUUAAUGCAGCUGUGGAAAUGGGAGAAGCAAUUCUUGUAAUGUGCCACCAUGAUUCUAUUACCACAAUCAAACACUGGAUUACUAUUAUCAGAGCACGGUUUGAGGAGGUUCAGACAUGGACAAAGCAACACCAACAACGUCUUGAAAAUGCUCUGGCUGAGCUUAUGAACAAUGCUGAGCUUCUUGAGCAGUUGUUGUCAUGGCUGCAGUGGGCAGAGACCACGCUUAUUCAACGAGACCAGGAGCUUCUUCCCCAGAAUAUUGACCAAGUCAAAGGACUUAUUACAGAGCAUCAGUCAUUUAUGGAGGAAAUGACACGAAAGCAACCAGAUGUAGACAAAGUGACAAAAACCUACAAAAGGAAAGCAAAUGAUUCAUCACAAGAUAAAUCACAAACCCGAAAAUUCUUUAGUCGUGGCAUUUUGGUGGUGCUUCCCCCAAAUACUCAAGCAGAGACUAAGAAUCCGAAGCUCACUCAGCUUUCAGCUCGGUGGCAGCAAGUUUGGCUUCUUGCUUUGGACAGACAACGAAAGCUAAAUGAUGCCCUUGACAGAUUGGAAGAGCUAAAGGAGUUUGCAAAUUUUGAUUUUGAUAUGUGGCGCAAGAAAUACAUGCGUUGGAUGAACCACAAAAAAUCUCGUGUAAUGGAUUUCUUCCGGCGAAUUGACAAAGACCAAGAUGGAAAGAUAACAAGGCAGGAGUUCAUUGAUGGGAUUCUGUCAUCUAAAUUUCCUACCACCAAGCUUGAGAUGUCUGCUGUAGCAGACAUCUUUGACAGAGACGGUGAUGGCUAUAUUGAUUAUUAUGAGUUUGUGGCAGCACUUCAUCCCAACAAAGAUGCUUAUCGUCCAACCACUGAUGCUGAUAAAAUAGAGGAUGAGGUAACUAGGCAAGUGGCCCAGUGUAAGUGUGCCAAACGUUUCCAGGUGGAGCAGAUCGGAGAAAACAAAUACCGGUUCUUCCUUGGAAAUCAGUUUGGUGAUUCCCAGCAAUUGCGACUUGUUCGUAUUUUACGCAGCACUGUGAUGGUGAGAGUAGGAGGUGGAUGGAUGGCUCUUGAUGAGUUUCUAGUUAAGAAUGAUCCUUGCAGAGUGACAGCCACAGCUGGUUAUUUCUGCUGUAGAGCACGUGGAAGAACAAACUUGGAGCUGCGAGAGAAAUUCAUUCUUCCAGAAGGGGCAUCACAGGGCAUGACUCCCUUCCGUUCCAGAGGUCGCAGGUCAAAGCCAUCUUCACGUACAGCCUCCCCAACUCGUUCCAGCUCCAGUGCUAGUCAAAGUAAUCACAGUUGCACCUCUGUCCCAUCCUCCCCAGUGACUCCUGCCAGCAGUUCCAGAGUUGUUUCUGCAUCAAAAUCAAAACGUACAACUUUUCACUCUAAUCGAGGAAACCUUCCAGGAGAAAAUGAGAAUCAACCUACUCCUUCCAGUGCCAAAUCUAAAUAUAGUGAAUCCAAGAGAACCCCAUCUUCUACUAGCCACCCAACAAGUCGAGGUGGUAGCCAGGCUGGGAGUAGAGCAAGCAGUCGAAGAGGAAGUGAUGCCUCAGAUUUUGACCUUUUGGAAACUCAGUCUGCCUGCUCUGAUAUCUCUGAGACAAGCACAUCUGGAGUUCCACGUAAGGGAAUGAAGAACCUCUCCAAAAUCCCAACCAUUACCAAGAAGACUGCUUCUUCAUCAUCAUCGUCCUCUGCCACAGCAAGCCCUAAAACUUCUGGCAACAAGAGAUAGCCAUAAAACCCAAUGUGUUGUCACUGUAUUUUAACAGCAAGCCAGGCUAGGUUGAAGCAAGCAAGAGCAAGUAAGCAAGAGGACCAAGCUAAGGAAGGCAAACUAGCACCACUCCCAUUUUAGCUUUUUUUUUUUUUUUUUUUGGUUAAAAA